AUGACUGUGGGGAGACCCGUUUUGAUCCGGCUGCACAGCACUGCUUCACGUGAUUUCAUAAAGCACGCAGUGCCCAAAGGUGCUCACAUAGCAGUGCUGCGAAGGCGCAGGUGUACCCGCUUCUUUCAUCAUGGGAUCUAUGUUGGGCAAGAUUGCGUGAUCGAGCUCGUGGCAACUUCCGAUGUUCUGGCUGCUGACGCCGCAAGCGCCUGCGAAGAGUUUACAGGCAGUCGUGUGACCGUUAACACCAGCGCAUGCGGCGAGGUCGAUCUCUAUUGCAAGCUUCCAGAUGACGGCGAGGCAAGUUCGCGAUGGCGUGCCCCGUUCAGGUGCAAACGGACUCGCCUGACUGCGGUCGUGCGGACAACAUCUAUAACUGCAUUCUGCCUGUCAUCGUCAAUAUGGGUGCUUUGCGAGCCGACUGACCAGAACAUGCUGGACUCUGUUCUCCGGCGUGCCAAAGAUCUACUGAGCAAAGAGCAAUUCAACUAUUCGUUGUUCACUCGCAAUUGCGAGCACUUUGCCCCACGGGUGUCUACACUUCAAGCGCCCAAACGCUGA